ACCCAAGAGGCCAAACCCAAGAGCAAUCUAAAACAGACUCAGAGAUCAACCCAGGGACAAGCACCUCGCUCCUCACUCCUCUCUCUUCCUCUCCACUUGGAUAUUAUUCGUCUGACCGAAGGCCGCCUCCAUCAUCAAGUGACAGCCCUCUCCUAUUUAUUUGCUUAUAAACCUGUUACAAUAAAUGAUCAUUGGAGCAACGUCAGCCGAGCAUUUUAACAACGAGCAGCAACCACUUUUUUUUUUUGAUGAAUGACAUUUCUGCUGCUGUGGGGAGGAUGCACGGCUCAUUUUGAGCAGUCGCUCGUCGAUUGCAUUCAGAUUCUUUCAUUUUUUGCGUCUUGCUUAUAAAAAGGUUUAGAGACAGUUAUUUAGAGACAGUUGCUGAGUUGCAUGCGGAUUUAGCUCCGACACAACUCAUUGGUGCUCCAGCCCCCCUUUUGGACAAGUGUUGUGUGGGGUAUUUUUUUUUUUUUUUUUUUUUUUUCCCUCCCUUCGUCUUGCACGGCUUAAUGAUGGAGAGGAUAAGAAAAGAGAUGAUAUUGAUGGAGAGAGGUCUGCACAGUCCGGUCGCAGGGAAGAGGCUCGCAGACACGCCUGGAAAUUCAGUGCUGGAGGCCCUGGAAAACUCUCAGCACAGCGGACGGCUAAGCCCGAGAAUAACUUCGGCUUCUCUCCAUGGAAACCUGGGGGACAUCCCGACGAAAGGCAAAUUUGAAAUUGAGAGUCUUUUCGGUUCACACCACAACAGUGAGAAUACCUCCUCGGCGGAAAUUUCCUCGUCAGAAAGCAGGAAGAAGAUGAGCCUUUACUCCGAAGUUUCGCCAGAUUCAGAUAUUAACAGUGAUGUGGAGGUGGGAUGCCCUGCGCACCGCUCCCCGAGCCAGCACAAGGAGAACAACAAAGGUUUUUCAGACAGUAAUUCUGGCUCUUCCAGCUCAAACUCCCUCUCGAAUAUGAACGGUAAUUCAACGGGAGGAUCAAACAAUUCAAAUUCCGACCAAGUGAGAAGGUAUCGGACUGCUUUCACCAGAGAACAAAUCGGAAGACUGGAAAAGGAGUUUUACAGGGAAAAUUACGUUUCGAGACCAAGAAGAUGUGAAUUAGCCGCAGCGCUAAAUCUGCCCGAAACUACGAUUAAGGUGUGGUUCCAGAACAGGCGGAUGAAGGAUAAAAGGCAGCGUUUGGCGAUGUCCUGGCCCCAUCCAGCAGACCCCAGCUUCUACACUUACAUGAUGACGCACGCGGCAGCUACAGGAAGUCUACCUUACCCUUUCCACUCGCACAUGCCUCUACAUUACUACCCGCACGUCGGUGUCACGGCAGCAGCAGCCGCCGCCGCCGCCUCCGGCGCCGCCUCGUCACCUUUCGCCACUUCCAUCCGGCCCCUCGAUACCUUCCGAGCGCUCUCACAUCCUUACUCGCGGCCAGAGCUCCUGUGCAGCUUCAGGCACCCGGGACUCUACCAGUCACCCGCAGGCCUGAAUACUUCAGCGGCGGCAUCGGCGGCGGCUGCGGCUGCGGCGGCGGCGGCGGCGGUCAGCGCCCCGUCAGCCACCGGGCCUUGUUCGUGUCUGAGCUGCCACAGCAGCCAGGCGGCGAGCGCGCUGGGCUCCCGGAGCGCCAGCGCUGACUUUACCUGCACAGCUUCCGGGCAAAGAUCCGAGAGUGGAUUUCUGCCGUAUUCUGCCGCUGUUCUCAGCAAGACCUCAGUCCCGUCACCAGACCAGCGAGAAGAAACUUCACUUAACAGAUAACUCGUCAUGCAGCCUACAUAUUGUCCCUUUUCCUAUUUUGCUCUAGUCCUACUUUAGGGGAUAGGCCUACUUAAAAAAAAUAAAAUAAAAAAAUAUCACACCUGGGUUAAAGCAGUCGUUUAGCAUUGUAAACACACAGAUUCAUUUCUAAGUGAUUCAAGUCCAAAAAGACUCUUUAUAACAAAAAAGAAGAAGACAUGAAUAGCUAAUCACCGAAAAUUUUGCAACUCACAAAAGAACUUUUCUAAAAGCUUGUGCCCUUGUGUUGUGCCAGUAGACCAUUUUUUUAUGGGCUGUGCUGGAUUAACUUCUUCAUAUUUGGACAAAUAACAGACCAUGCAGAGUAUCCAUUCUGUCCCCUCAACGCCUCAAUCAUUGUGCCAUUUCAAAUUAUUAUUAUUAUUAUUAUUAUUAUUAUUAUUAUUACUUUUUCCUAUAGCCUAAAUCCCACAAAUUAAACCAAGAAUAACAAGAGUCACAUCCCAUAGAUUCCUGCGGCUCAAAUGUCCAAUAUUCAGCGUGACAAACCCAGCCUGGUUACCUCGACUCCUUUGGUUUUAAGAUACAAACGUGAACUAAUUAUGCUAUCUAAAUUUAGAUAGCAGAAGGUCCUGCUUUUCUGCCCAGCAGCAUAUCUUUCUUCACUAGGCCUAAUAGACUGAGAUUUUGGCAGGAAUAGCUUCUCCAACACCCAGCCUCUGCUCUACAGGGACACCCUUAAUCAGCUAGAAGGUGCAUAUAAUUUUGCACCGCGUCUUUCGUGUCAAUUUUUAUGUUAAUAAUGAGAGGAUCAUGACAAAAAUUGCCAAUCAUGUACCUAGAUGGAGCUCCUUUGAAUACAUGACUGUAAGAAAGUUCCUCGUUUUGAGACCCGCUGUCAAGUGCUAACAACCCGCGGAGGGAAGUCAUUAGACAUACAAAAGACCUGGAACAAAGCGACAGUCCUGGUACACAGAAUGCACUGCAGAAGGAUAAUAUUUGACAGAUGUAGGGUUUCAAAAUAUUACAUACAAAGCAGCCCCCCCACCCCCCCAACCUCAAAUUGUGUUAUCUGAUAAUGGGAAAUACCUCGACAUACAGCAGCCUCUCUUUUUUAUUUACACUGCUGAACCUCAUUAGGCCUAUAUCAAAUCCAGUAUUUUCAUAAGUGUGUAUUCCCUUUAGGACCUCUUCACUCAGCACACACACACACACACACACACACACACACACACACACACACACACACACACACACACACACACACACACACACAAUGACGGGACUGAGCAAGGCGAAGGGGUUCAGACAAAAUAGCCUGGCUUUACAAUCUGUCUGCGCCUGUAAAAAUAAAAAAUAAAAAUGGCUAUGUGCUAUUUUAUUCGUUCCUUGUUGGGACAUCACCAAUAUGUUAAUUAUAAAACAUGUGAACUGUAAAUCGUGAAAUAUUUUGCAAAUAUUAUGGAUAGUCCUACUGAUAGUUGAAAACUGAAUUAUUGAUCGCCAUGGAAAACGCUUCAUGAAAUUGUGGAUUGUAGGCUAUUUUUUAAACACUUUUUUUAAUUAUUAUUAUUUAUUUUGUGUGACUUGCUAAAUGUUUUUUUUUUUGUUUUUUUGUUUUUUGUUAAAACACUGGAUGUACACGCCAAAAGGACCAUCACAUAGCCUACAAAUUGGCUUGUUAGCUCACCAAUUUAGUCCAAAUUCAUGAUUUGUAUUUCGUGCAAAAAUUAAGGCGGAAUUAUAGAGAGAUGGAGAAACAUUUCUUUACGGUCCACUCAAAAGAGGCUUCAAAGGGCUGAUAAACGAGCACUGAAAUUAAAUGAUGAAAAUAGUACUGGCCUUUGUCCCUUGGGUCUCUGUUAUAACUCUAUAUCUCUGUAUUUAAAAUAUCAAUGACUGUAUGAAUUUAAAUAUUUUAACUUGAAAAAAAUGUGCAAUAUGAAAUGUAAAUCAUGUUAUUUAUUGAUCGUGUUUGUUCUUGGAAAAUAAAUAAAAAAAAAUCUUUACACA